GUUGAGUACUUUUUGAGGAUAUCUCAAUAUUGCAGUUGAGGCAGCAAAAAAUCUCAUUCCUGUCCAAAAUCCUCCACAAAAGCCAUCAAAGUACAUAAAAUCUCUAGAAAAAUGGGUGUUGUGAGUGUAACAACCGCCGAUGAGUACACAAAACUAAUCAGCUCAUCCCGGCUUUCUGUGGCAAUUUUCUCAGCCGAUUCGGCGGAACAGUGCAAGCAAGUUGCAGAUGUUGCCGCCGACUUGGCAGGGAAGCCGGAAUAUGCUGAUGUGCAGUUCCUUAGUGUCCCAGCGGAGGAACUAUCGGAAAUCUCCCUGAAGCAUCAAAUUGAGGCUGUUCCCACGGUUAUCUUCUUCCGCGGUGGGAGUGCUGUGGAUAGAAUUGAUGGUGUGGACAUAGCUGCCUUUACGGCUAAAUGUGCAAAGCUCGUGGGAGUUGUGGCAUCGGAUAAGGAGAAGCUGGAAGAGAGAUUGAGGGCACUGAUAAAUCGUCAUCCGGUGAUGAUUUUCAUGAAGGGUACCCGUGAUGCCCCUCGCUGUGGCUUCUCCAAGCAACUCAUUGCCAUUGUAAAUGAAACGGGCAUCUCCUACGACACCUUUGACAUUCUAACAGAUGAAGACGUACGACAGGGACUGAAAACCUUCUCGGAUUGGCCAACGUACCCCCAGGUGUAUGCUAAAGGCGAACUAAUUGGUGGUUUGGACAUAAUCAAGGAACUCGUGGCGUCCGGAGAGCUCAAAGAGACACUUUCCGGAUAGAUUUUGCACAAGGAUGGGAUUUUUUUUUCUUGGGGCAGAUUUAAUCUCUUGGGGGACAUUUCAAAGCGAAUAAACUGUAAUUUAGUAAUCUUA